UACCCCGCCGAUCGUGUACCUCGCGGCGGCAGUCAUUCCCGGCGACCUCACCGACUGCUAUCUCCUGCUCAUUACCAGAGGCAGCGAGCGAGUUUCUGACCUUGUGUACUUGUCUUCCACUACACUGUCACAGCCUUCUCCAACGACGACUCAGGAUACAUUGCUUACACUAUGGCAACCUCACCCGUAACUGCUGACUUCUCGUCCCCGCCGCUGAAGCGCAGCAAGAUCGUUCUUCUCGGGGACCAGAGUGUUGGAAAGACGAGUCUGAUCACUAGAUUCAUGUACGACACCUUCGACAACACAUACCAGGCAACAAUAGGAAUCGAUUUCCUGAGUAAAGCCAUGUAUCUGGAGGAUCGGACAGUACGGCUACAAUUGUGGGAUACCGCUGGGCAAGAACGGUACCGGUCGCUCAUACCGUCGUACAUUCGUGAUUGUUCCGUGGCUAUCGUUGUGUUUGACAUCACAAACCGACAGUCAUUCAUGUCGACGGAGAAGUGGAUAGACGACGUACGCUCAGAACGGGGGAACGACGUCAUUAUUGUGCUCGUUGGCAACAAGGCUGAUCUUUCUGACAAGCGACAAGUGACGCUUGAGGAGGCCAACCAGAAGGCGGCACAGCUCGAGAUCAUGUUCAUGGAGACGUCCGCAAAGGCUGGGCACAACGUAAAGAGUCUCUUCAAGAAGAUCGCCAUGGAGCUUGUCGGCAUGGAGAAGGAGACAGAGGUCGCGGAGACUCAAAACACCAAAAUCGACGUAAAAGCACCACCAGCAAACGAGAUUCCCGAUGCAUCUUCUUGCAAUUGCUGACCGGUCAGAUACAUCUUGUAUUGAACUGUACUGCUGGAUUGCUCUUGGCUAUGUUGCACUGUAAGUACUGUGCAUUAAUAUCUAUUCGUUUCCUACCGUCUCGAA